AUGCGCAAGGGCCAGGGCUCGUGCGCUCGUUGCAGCAGCCACUGCGCCGACACGGUCUGCACAAACGGGAAGGAGGGCGGCGGCGGCGUGAGCGACGGCGGCGGCGGUGUGGGGGAGGUGGAGGGCGGCGGCGGCGUGAGCGGCGGCGUCGGCGGUGUGGUGGAGGUGGAGGGCGGCGGCGGCGUGAGCGGCGGCGUCGGCGGUGUGGGCGAGGUGGAGGGCGGCGGCGGCGUGAGCGGCGACGGCGGCGGUGUGGGCGAGGUGGUGGGCGGCGGAGGGGUGGGCGAGGUGGAGGGCGGCGGCGGCGUGAGCGGCGACGGCGGCGGUGUGGGCGAGGUGGAGGGCGGCGGCGGCGUGAGCGGCGGCGUCGGCGGUGUGGUGGAGGUGGAGGGCGGCGGCGGCGUGAGCGGCGGCGGCGGCGGUGUGGGUGGGGUGGAGGGCGGCGGCGGCGUGGGCGAGGUGGAGGGCGGCGGCGGCGUGAGCGGCGGCGGCGGCGGUGUGGGGGAGGUGGAGGGCGGCGGAGGCGCGGGCGAGGUGGAGGGCGGCGGCGGCGUGAGCGGCGACGGCGGCGGUGUGGGCGAGGUGGAGGACGGCGGCGGCGUGAGCGGCGGCGGCGGCGGGUGUGGGGGAGCUGGAGAGGGCGGCGGAGGCGUGAGUCCCGUGCCCAGUGUCGUGCGAGGAAGCUUUGUUGUAAAAUUCUUCUGA